UAAAUUAUAGAGAGUUUUGGAGUAGACUCUAUAAUAAUAACAAUUGAUUGAUGAUGUACUACAAACAAGAAGGGGUGAGCUGAGGAAAUACGUGUGAAUAAAGUCAAACAUAAGUGUCUGCCACAUUUUUGUUUUAGACCAUUCGAUUUACCAAACCGUCCACGCCCAAAACUGUCUGGCUGGCGGGGGAUUGUUAAAAAACUGAUUCACAACCCGACGAUCUUCCUUCGAAACCACCGUUCUUCAUCCACCUUUACUCCGGAAUAUUCCAGUUUCAUCCGACCCAUCACGCCAUUCCGCUUGAUUCUAUAUAAAUUAGUUGUUGUUUGUUUGUUAUAUAAAUUGCUGGUCCAUUUGUCAGCAUCUCAUCCCUCUCCCACACACAGGGCACUCUUCUUUUGACUUUGAUUAUUUCCGAUUCCAAUAUUCUUGGAAGUGGGUUUGAUUUUUGGUUUGAUUAAGAGAUAUGGGAAGUGAAGGGAUAGCGAUUACUGAUGAGAGAAAGCCCAGGAUUUUAUGCCUCCAUGGGUUCAGGACAAGCGGUGAAAUCAUGCGGAAGCAAUUGACAACCAAGUGGCCGGAAUCUGUUUUGGAAAAACUUGACCUUGUUUACGUCGAUGCCCCUUUUCCUUGUACCGGAAAAUCUGAAGUUGAAGGAAUCUUUGAUCCUCCUUAUUAUGAAUGGUUUCAAUUCAACAAGGAAUUUACUGAUUACGAGAAUUUCGAUGAGUGUCUUGCUUUCGUUGAGGAUUACAUGAUUCAGCAUGGUCCUUUUGAUGGUCUUCUUGGCUUCUCACAGGGGGCAAUAUUAUCAGCCGCUUUACCCGGUCUUCAGGAGCAGGGUGUGGCUCUUACAAAGGUUCCAAAGAUAAAGUUCUUGAUAAUAAUUGGAGGGGCCAAGUUCAGGAAGCAAUCAGUGUGUGAGAAAGCAUAUGCAUCACAAAUUCAAUGUCCUUCUGUUCACUUCCUAGGUACUCCUGACUCUACUCUUAAUUUCUUGUGUGUUACGAUUGAUGAUAGCUGUGUUUUUCAGCAUGAAUUUCUUACUGGAUGUCUAUGAAUUUUGUCAAAAGCCCACCAUUAACUUUGUACAGCGCUUGUUGCAUCUUGUACUUGUGUCCGAAAGACUCUAGGCCCUGAUUCAGAUUUCUUGAAUGCAUGAAACCAUUGAGGUUAAUGACGACUGUGGUUUUCAACCUGAUUUUUCAACUGUGUGUCUAUGAAUUUGUCACAAGGCUAGAAUCCUAAUUAACUUGGUCGCGCCUUCAUUGCAUCUUUUCCGUGUCUGUAUGACUCUAGGACAUGAUUCAGAUUUGUCGAAUGCACAAAGGUCAUAAAGGGUAAGUACGGACAGCAUAAUAUUUUGGUUUUAUUAAAAGAGAUUUGGGAAAUAUGAAUGAUUGUAUCCGGAAUAUAGAAAUAUUUUCUUAAACUGUAAAGUUGAAUGAAAAUUGAGGUAUAGGAUUAGAUUCGACGUCUACACAGGACCAAAAACCCUUUAAUGGUAAUGGCUUUGUGUUAGUCGUCUUCAUCCUGCACCAAUUUGAAUAGUGUUGAAAUGCUGUUGGCGUGGAAAAGUUGCAGAGUUGGAUGAUCAUGGUUAUUACUUAUUAGUAUUAGCUGUCAUACGAAGGGUUAUCUAAAAUGCUAUUAUUGGCAUUGUAGAAUUCAAUUUCUUUUCCAGGUCGUGUGAUUGGUUUACUGCUUUGAAUUGCCUUACUGCUGCAAAUGAAUACAUAUUUUUGUUUUUGGGCAUUUGAUUAUGUUGGCUACCACAUUUUUUGCUCUGUCAAAGUUGUGUAUCAACCUCGUGCAUGAGUUGCUUGCAUUGCUAAGACAAGACAGUCAAAUACUCACUGAAGAUAGAUAGAUCAGUCCCAUGAAGUUCCACAAUUUGGCAAAAGAUGUUGCAAUUUGUUCCUUAAGAAUAACUACUAUUGUUAGCUCACAUGAAAAACAUGAGAUCAUAUAUUGUGGGACUUUUUGUUAUAUUUUGUGGGACUUUUUGUUUUAACCUUUAGUCACCUUUCAAGUACUCUGUGAAACAAACUAAAACAUCUUAGAAGCAGAAAUGAAAGGUUAUCCGCCAAACAUUUGAAGUCAACCUUAUUUACUUCUUUCGUGGUUGCAGGAGAGCAUGAUUUUCUGAAGCAAUAUGGGGUUGAACUCAUAGAAUCUUUUAAGGACCCGUUCGUCCUCCAUCAUCCAAAGGCUCACACCAUUCCAAGAUUUGGUAAUCCUCUAAUGCAUUCAGUCUUCUAUCUUUCUCCUUGAGUUAAUUUACUGUCCACCGCGGCGAUGCCUGAUUAUAUAAAACCAUUGGUACUGCUUCAGAUGACAAAACAUUGGUGCAAAUGCACAGCUUUAUUGAAAGAAUGCAAAAGGAGAUUUCAACAGGCAAUGACCAUGACGAAUCUCCACAGAGAGCCUCGCAUAUAGAAGCAGAGGAACAAUGUAUUUAGCUUAUAAUGUCAUACAUAUAUUACACCACCUCAGCCGUAAUGUGGCUAUGUAUUUAGCAAAAUAUAUAGUCUCUUGUUGUAAACAGUAAAACAUCAGGCUGGUUGUCAUUAAUUCUUGAUUGAAGUUUCUGCAAUUUUAUUCCUAAAUCAAACACUCCAUUCAUAGUCUUUCCCAAGUACAUCAAUCAUACAAGCUCGCUUCUGCCUGUGGGAUUAUCAUUUGUUUCAAUGUUGUUCGAGUCUUCAUGCAUUCGCUUAAUCCAUUGUUGGGAUUAAAACCAUGUCUAGAAUUGUUUCUUACUCGCGUAAUGUAAUCAUUUUGAAGUAUCUCUUUUAUAACAAAAAAAUUACCAGCUCG